AUGUCGUCCAGCGCGCCGCCAUCGCCAGUCCGAGGACAGCGGACCUUCUCCUCAUGUCGCAACGCCUCGUGGCUCGUCGUGGCGCUGCUGGCGAUUGCAGUGGCCGCGUUCGUGCGCGACGCCGACCUCUUGUUCCUGGGACUCGGCAGUCCAUUCGGGACCUCCUCAGCUGUCGGCGAUUGCGUGGACGCCCGUCGGUACUUGACGGACGUGAUGCCGGUCAAGGGGUUCCACGUGCUCUGCGUCGAGACAAAGACGCGUGACACGCUGAGGGUGACGGGCUUCAAAGACGGGAAUUACGCGAACGAGUCAAUCGAGACGACGUCCGACUGGGAGACCUUCUCGCACACGGUCGAAGACGAGCUGCUGGCGAUCCCCAAGCCACGCGACGAGCACGCGCAAAAGUACCAGCAGCCCGUGGCGUACUUUACGCCAAACGGCGUGCGACUCGAGAGGGACGUGACGCAGUGGCCGAGUCGCAUCGUGUUCGUGUUCGAGGGCGGUCAGUUCAUCUGGCCAGGCGUCCGCGUCGGCCACACAACGGUCGUGGAAAAUGCCUUUGGACGUGGGGACCUCGUGCUCGAGACGAUCAGCAUGACGCCACUCGUGUUCAGCGUCAAGGAAUUCCUUCGGGAUGACGAGGUUGACGUCAUUCUGGAGCUGUCCAUGCCGCACUUGGCACCGUCCGGCGUGGCGUUGGCGGACGGGGACGAAAACAGACCGUCUACGGACUGGCGCACGAGCACGACGUACUGGUUGGACUCAUCCGCGCACUCGGUGGUGCGAAACAUUGACAAACGCACGUCGGACCUUGUCAAAGUGCCUGUAAGCCACCAGGAGAAUGUCCAAGUGCUGCGCUACGAGAAGACGCAGCACUAUGACCAGCACGUGGACUACUUUUCUGCAGACCGUUACCGCAACUCCCCUGGCGUGCUCGAAGACAUCGAGUACGGCUACAAGAACCGCAUGAUCACGGUCUUCUGGUACAUGUCGGACGUCGCCAAGGGCGGACACACGAACUUUGCCCGGGCAGGUGGGCUGCCACCUCCUGCGUCUAACAAAGGCUGUUUCCAAGGCCUGAGUGUUGCCCCGGAGAAGCGCAAGGUGGUCGUGUUUUACAGCAUGUUGCCGAAUGGUGAGAACGAUCCGAUGAGUCUGCACGCAGGCUGUCCGGUUGAAGAGGGCAUCAAGUUCUCGGGCAACAAGUGGAUCUGGAACAAGCCGCGCGCGUAA